GUACAAUUUACAGGGAACGCGUUGCCAGGUCUUACCCUGAAGAAGGCUGAGAUUUUAAGAAGUUUCGAAGUGUUUCAAGAAAAAUUGAAGAGCAACUAUGGUGCUGAUGCAGUUUCUAUGGACAGUGGCAAUAUGUCUGGCUGUGACAGUUGCCGUGCCUACACAAGAGAAGCGGGUGCAUCACCACAGUGACCUGAGUGACCACAAACAUGACGACUCACAGGGCUACCAGUAUGACCAUGAGGCUUUUCUUGGGAAAGAGGAAGCGAAGACCUUUGAUCAGCUGACCCCUGAAGAGAGCAAAGAGAGACUAGGAAAGAUAGUGGACCGCAUCGACACAAACAGUGACGGUUACAUCAACCACGGAGAGCUACACGUUUGGAUCAAACACAGGCAGAGGAGGUACAUCGAGGAGAAUGUGAACAAGCACUGGCAUGAGUAUGACCUCAACAAGGAUGGACUGGUCUCCUGGGAAGAGUACAAGAACACUACCUAUGGCUAUUACUUGAAUGAGGAGUUUGAUGAUGUUGAUGACAAGGCCAGCUACAAGGCCAUGUUGGCCAGGGAUGAAAGGAGAUUUAAAAGCGCCAAUGUCAAUGGUGAUGGCAUAGCAACUAAGGAGGAGUUUACAGCCUUCUUGCAUCCUGAAGAGUAUGAUCACAUGAAGGACGUUGUUGUAGCGGAAACAAUAGAGGACAUUGACAAGAAUGGCGACAGGUUGAUCAACUUGGAAGAAUAUAUAGGUGACAUGUUCGCUCCAGAGCAUGGGGAGAGUGAGCCAGACUGGGUUCAGACUGAAAAAAAGCAUUUUGCAGAGUUCAGAGAUGUGAACAAGGAUGGGACCCUAGAUGCUGCUGAGGUGGCUCAGUGGGUCCUCCCUGGAGAGAUUGACCAUGCAGACAAUGAAGCUAAACAUCUCAUUCACGAGACAGACACGGACAAGGAUGAAAAACUUACCAAGAAGGAGGUUUUGGCAAACUGGAACAUGUUUGUUGGAAGCCAAGCAACCAAUUAUGGAGAGGACCUCACCAAGAAACACGAUGAGCUCUGAUGUCAUCUGAGGACAUGGGCAUAGAUUUGGGUUGUCAUUUAUGGAGGGUAGGUAGGGUAUGGUUCAAAGUUUCUGAGUUUCUUGCUGGAAGCAAAUAUUGGAGUGGUUUUAAAUUAUGGUAAACAUUAAGCAAAGAUUUGAUAAAUAAUCGCUGCUGUUACAUAAUACUGUAACUUCAAUUUGAGACAUUUUUGGAUAGUUGUGAUAAUGAACGUAGGCCAGCAUCAAAACUGGCUGAAGUAUUAUGAUAAUUGUAAUAUCACAAGCUGAUACAUUGAACCUUACUACUUUGUAAAAAAAUUACUUGAUUGCACCUCAUUCUUUUUCUUAACUACACUUUGCCUCACACUAGAAUGCAUGUGCACUGCCAGUGUUCCAUGUAUUUUCAUCCAGACAUAUUAUAUUUUGUCUAAAUAUUAUAUCUGUUUGGGUGAAAACAGAGUUUCUCAUGUGGCACUAAUUGUCCUCCUGAUAUAUACUGUACCUUCACAUUAUUGUAUCACCUUGAUGCGAUGCAUUUACCUUUGGAAAUACCACAAAUGUUAUGAAAUUGUACACUUUCUCAAAACAAGAUUCUGUCCAAAACAUUUCUUCCACAUUAAUACUUAUAAGAAUUAUAUGCGAUUGUUUACCAUAAUUUAACAAGAAAUUUUGCAGCACUAUUUCAGCCAUGAUGAGAAUUGGGUUUAGGGUUGUAUUUAUACUGUCAUGAACUGUCAUUGUCGACUGGUGUAUUUUAAAACCAGGUGUUCAUUCGGAAUCAUUGAAAUUUCCCAGGAUCUUUUGGUUGGAGAUAUGGUAGAUCAGACCUUUUAUAAAUAAAUGGCAAAGUGAGAAUGUUUAGAUUUUCUAUAUUAGAGAGACAGAGGAAAGAGAAGAAUGUUGUUUCUUUUUAAAUCUACAUUUUCUACACAGAAAGGAAUUAGAAUGAAGAGAAAACCAGAAGGUCACAGGGUAAUUUCCACUGUUUAAAUCAAAAGAUCAAAGGAUAAUUGUGUUUUUAGGAAUGACGAUGGCUGACAUAAUUUCCUCAUUGACAUCCUAAUAAAGCCAUGUUUUCUAAUCAUU